AGAGAAGGAGAUUUAAUUCUAAAGGAACAGCAAGGAGAAAGAGAGCUACUGUUUGACCUUCGUACUUCAUCCGAUCCAGGGAGCAUGAAAGACAAUAUCAGGACUAGACUUUCAUCCCAGCAAGUCAGCAUCAGUCAUGAUAAGCUAUGCUUUCAGUGCCCUAGUUUAUUUUGGGCGAUCCUAGUUUAUUAACUACUGUACUAAUUUAUUUUCACUGUUGAACAUUGUAGACCAUGUACAUCGUAAAAAUUAUCUGAGUAAUUUACUUCAGCAUCUGAAUCAACCAUCGUACUUUUAUCAUUUGGGUCAAACCAAAUAGCUACAGUGGAUGCCCUCAUCAGUGGACACUUUUGGGAUGCAAAAAAGGAGUCUGUAACCGGAGCUGGCUGCUUACGGGAAUUUAAAAAAACAGAGUUUGUAAGGAGUUGAGAAAAACAGGGUUUUGUGAAGGUGGCAGUAAGUAGAGCUGUAAGCUUAUAUGAGAGUGUUCGUUAGGAGAGCUUCUACUGUGUUAAGUUCAGUGCAGGUGAAGUCCAACAUUUGAACUGGGCCUAAAGGACCACAGUGUUAAGGUAGUAGAACAGCUUCUAUAUGGCUGGGUAUUCUGAAUUGCUCCUUUCUCUUAUUUCAGAGACAUUAUUGACAUCAAACAGGGAACGAAGUGAAGUACGUAGAACAAAAAGAUGUCUGCUUCAUUGUUGAGGAUGUGCAUUCGUCCAGCCCAACCACUUCUUCACUCUAGACAUUCCUUUCUGAGGCAUUCAUCCACAUGUUCAACUGGUGCAGUUCUCUCUAAGCCCGAGAAGACACGCUUUGGUUUAACAAAAGUAACUUUGAUUGUGGUUCCGUUCUUGUAUGUUGGUGGUAUUAUCUCCCGUGAGGGAGCAGCCUGGCUGGAGGAAAAUGAUAUUUUUUCACCUGAAGAUGAUGACUAG